AUGAUUAUCUGGACCCCAGAAACUGGGCAAGUGCGCCGGGAGUAUCAAGGCCCAGUGCAGCCCGGACCUCCCCCAGAACCACCUCAAUAUCCAUCAGGAACAAAAAUGAACCGAAUCUUUGACCGACUAAGGUGGUCUGUUCUCGACUCUCCCUCUGAAAUUGAGAUCUUCUCGCUCGAUGCCGAAGACAAGUCAAAUUGGACACCAAUCUCCUCUAGCACUGUUCUGGACGAGGCAGCAACAAAUCCUCCGCUAUCGCACUUGAGGAUCUGCAUAGAACCCCUGUACAAUUGGGAAGACUGA